CACGAACUUAAAUAUCGUCCAAUUAAACCCACCAACAAUAAAAAAAGAGGCAAAUCAUCUUUCUAGUAGGUAUUCUUCCAGUUCCCGAUUGAAAUCACGUUUGUGGCAUCUGAUGUGGCAUAACUUCAUUUUCUUUCCCUUUUUCUUUUUCUUUCCUUCCUUUUCUUCUUUCUUUCUCAAUCCCCUUCUUCUCUGCACCUGCUACCUCUCCCCUCAUUUUCUUCUUUUUUCAUUCUUUCUCUUUCUCGUCCUUUUCUUUCUCUUCCCAGACCUGUUUCUUCCUCUCACGUUCGCACCCAUCUGGUCAACCUUUCCUCUAAAUCCGAGCAGCAGAGCCCUCCCAGCCACCGCUAGCCAUGCUAGCCUGGUACAUGGUCUCCAGAUUUAGACCCAAAUCGACACCACAACUCCCCAUCGUGUGCUACGCUUGCAUCGUUCGUCGUAUCCAUCCUUGUACUGCGACGGGAGAUACAAAAUCGACGGAAAAGAAGAUGGAUCGAACCUAGCCGGAGACCUCGUUGCGGAAGACGAUGAAGUUAGUUGUCCAGAAGUAUAUUACGAUGGGACGAAACAAAAAGAAAAAAUUAAAAUCAAAAGCCAACCAAAGCUUACCUGGGAUUCUUGGAGCGGAUGAGAAAGCUAAAGAGGGCCGGCUAGAGGAGAAGACCGAACGAAAUAGGGAGAAAGGAAGAACCAGAAAGAAAAAAAAAGAUAAGAUUAGGAUUAAAGAGCAGGCCUCCAUGAAGCUUGAUAAUGAGAAGGAUCUGGCCAGCAUCAAAGUUAUAUUGAAGGAGGGUGACAUAAUUUAUUUCAAUAAGGUUGCUUAUAGUCAUAGAAAUUAAUUUUCUACUUGUAUUAAUUAGGGUGUUUAACUAACUCGGGGUUUGAAAUGUAUUGCUACAAUGUAUCAAGUUCUCAAAUUCACAAUGUAUUUCAUGUGAGUCAACUCAAAAGAUGCUAUGAUCCUACAUCAACUGCUGUUGAGGUUCCAACAUUUUUUUAUGAUUCUAGUAUGCCUAAGCUUCCUGAAGAAAUUAUUCGGAAGAUUGGUAAAGAGGAAGGGACUGGCUGCUGGUGAACCCUUAGUAAAGUGGCAAGGUUUACCGGUAGAGGAUGCCACAUGGAUGUUUGCAUCAGAGUUUACACAACAGUUUCCUGAAUUUCAUCUUUGAGGACAAAGAUGCUAAGGAAGGGUGUUUUGAUAUAGUAAUUCGAAUAAUAGAUAGUGAUGUCACAAAGUUGUUAGUUGAGUUGUUAUAAGUCGUUAUAUGUUAGUUGAUAUUCUUGUUAUGAUCAAACUGAUAUAAAUACGGUACACAGAGGCUUGUAAAUGAUAUGAGAAUAAUAUGGAGCACUUUCUAUCAUCUUUCUCCUAUACUCUAUCUCUGCACAUGCUAUUUUUCCAUUCUCAAGCUUUCCUUCGACUAGUUUUCUUACACCCUAACUAGAUCAAGAAGCUCGAUAGUAGAACCGGUUAGCUUAUUAUCCCAUUCUACAUCAUGUUUUAUGUGACAUUUUUACUAUAGGUAUUCUAUUCCCAAGGACGCACAACGACACAACCACAUUGUAGCUCAAUUCACCUGCAACGACCAUAGCACAUUGGCAGAGACACAUUGGAACUAUUCCUGAUAGAGAUUACAUUGUCAAUCUUACAGAAUGCACAAUGCAUCUAUCGUUUCAUGCCAGCUCUCCCGCUGAUUGUCUAUUUUGAAGUCAAUAAUGUGCCAACUGAGGCCCCUUCAGAGAAAGACUUAAAUUGAGAAACAAUAUUAGUGUUGAUUUAAUGUAUCAGGUGUAGCUGUACGAAGAUAUUAU